GUUGAUGUUUGUUAGGUGGUGAGUUUCCUUUAACAUUGGUGACAUCGUCCAGCUGAAAAGUGAGUGAGAGAGAGAGAGCGUUAAAGAGAAUGAGUUCCGGUUGGUCUGGUGUAGUGGAGUUUUCCGGAUGGUUCGAAAAGUAAUGGGGAAAAGCCACCAUCUGGUCAGGAGCAGUCGUUCAGUGAGUGUACACCGAUAAAGGAAUGCGGACGACAGCACCACAUCAGACCACACAGCAUUGGUGCGGUAGUUGAGAGUAAGGUGACCACCAUCCAUUAGAUUCAGCCAGUGGAUCCGUUUUUUCCUUGUGCUAUGUGUUGGGUCCGUUCUUCCCGGAAUAUCCCGUCUCGAUAUCGUGCGUUACGUUCGAUGCAGGAGAAGUGAAGAAGCAGGAUAGUUUUGGUACUGGUAAGGCUGGAGAAGAAAAACGAGCUCCGAAAAGUGGAGGCAAAUUAGUCAUUUUCGCUCGAGUCCUAUUAUCGGGAAUUCUCGCUGGACCGUGAAGUGUGUUAUCCAUGUCCAACAGAGACUCAUCCGGAAUAUUAUCCCCUAAUGAGGACGCUGAAAUCGAUGAUCCAGAACAGUGAAGGGCUCGCGGGAGAAGGUACUGGUGCUUCCAGUUUGCGAAGAAAAAUCUCGGGCAGUGGGAUCGGUUUUCCUUUUUCCAAGGGAUUCUGCUAGUGCUGAUUCUUCUUCAUCAUCAUCGUUGUCGUCGUCGUCGUCGUCGUAGUCACCGUGACAGACGUGUGUUCUUGAUAUUGUUCCUCGCUGCUGCUCUUCUUCUCACUCUCGGUGUGUUUAUAAUAAAUCGCUUGCUGAUUUUGUCGUCUGAUGGCGCUGCCGCUGACUGGUGGCUGGAUGCGAGUGUAUGUGGAAAAUGUAGGCUAUUCAGUGUUCAAUCAAAUCUAGCUCCAAAGAGCAACACAGGAGGACUCGUACAUCUGUUUCCGUCUCGGAUUGUGGGAGCAGAUUGGGAGUGUGACUUCGUGUCCGUGUCCGUGGGUAUCCGUGUGUAUUUGUGAAUUUUUAUUUGAUGAUGGCCUACUCCUGUUCGAAGAGCAACACAGCCUUAGCAAGUACUGCGUAUGGCGGCUACUAGCAGCCUAAGUGGAACAAUCUUAUAGCCAGAAAUGCGACGAGAGGCCAAAGGGUGCUUGUGGGAAGAGAAUCAAACCGAAGAAAAGUGCAGAAUUUUUGGCAGUGGUAGUGAGUGCUAAAAGAUUUUUCCCCGAAACCGUGUUCCAGUAAGGGUCGACUUAUGUAGUGCGAGAACGGGAGAUUGAGUCACCUGUUUUUCCUCGAACCGGAGAUAGUGAGCUUCCCCAUUUUGGGGGUGGAAAGAGUCAUCUGAGACGGGUAAAGAAACGAGAAGCAAAAAAAAAGGAAGAGAGAGAAAGAAAACGGGAGAAAGAGUGACUUGCAGCAGACGGUGAAGUAGCGCUUUAAUCAGUGACCUCGUAGUACGCAUGAGUUGUGAUAUCGAUUGAUUGCGCACGCAAACCCUUUGCUCUCGCCGCGCCAUCUAGCUGUACUGUUGUAAUGCCGUUUGGGGCCAUCAUAAAGAAGCAGGGAUCGGCAUCCUGCAGCGCGUAUACCGUAACCGCGGAUGAGCGAAAAGUUUGACGGACCGUUGCCAGCAGUAGCCGUCCUAAAAUCGCGGUUCGUGUUCUAUUCGGAGAUUUUCCUACGGUCGACGGAACCGUUCCGGUCGCGAGUGGUGUGUGAAAAAUCAACCAGUACAACUGUGUGCGAUCAAGAUGGCCGCAAGUGUUCCACGACGACGUACAGUGAUGAGAAGAAACAGUGUUACAGCCAGCAGAAUACCGUGUCCCGUUGCACCAGUGCAGCGACACCACUAAGAAGCAUACGCAAGGACGUUAGAAAACUAAGAUGAUGGGGCCAUGAGCCCGAGCCCCGAGGUCAUCAAGAGUCGCAAGUGCGUCUCAAGCGGGCCUGCACCAUGCUAGCGCCGCCGAACCCGAGGUCAAUAUGCGGCCAGGACCCGGGCUGGUCGUGAUGGCGCUUGCGUUUAUUUCGGGGGCUCGGCGAGGCACCAGUCAACAGAGCAGUGCCAGUCAAGGUAGCAAGUUGGGCAAAUUUGAGGAAGACAAUACGGAAGCACUAUCACGGAUAAAUCCGUGGUUGUCAGCGUGCGAUCUGGCGCAACCCAACUCAGCACCGGAUCUCCAGGGUCAAUGUUCAGCCGGUACACUGCCUGUGGCCUGGAUAAACGAAGGUCCUGGUCCACCGCGGUGUCCACCGCCAUGCAAGGCUAAGUCUAAUAAUAAAAAUAGUAAUUAUAAGCCAAACAAUAUUGAUAAUACUAAAUAUAACAUGGAGAACCGGUUACAUGAUAAACAACAGUGCCUUGACUAUUUGGGCGAUAAUGAAGAGUUAAGUCCAGCACAAAUUUGUAAAAAAUCGUCACAAAGUAUUGAGACCAAGUUGAAAACGUUACGUUUGAGACAUUGUUGUGAACGUACUGUUGGCAGCGCGCUGCACAACGCGGCCUACGCCGGGGUGCUGCGCGGUGGUUCAGAAUGUGUUAGGAUGCUGAGUGACCUGCUGGAAACGGAUGCACUCGCCGCCCGGAUCACCUGCGAGUUCACCGAGGUGCUGGUGCGGUACGACUGCGGACAGCCGUUCUCGAUCAUCCACCACUGCGAGGACUGUAAGGAGGCAUAUCGACGGUGGGGCUGCAGCAUGCUAUUGCCAUUUUUUACGACGACAGAGGAAGUGGCCAGCGUGGACGCCAUGAUUAAAAGUAUCGAUAGCGGUAGCGGCAGCGGAAGCAGCUCCGGAAGUGCGACGGCCGGUGGCAGUGAAAGCGGCUACACAGGUGUUAACAAUAAAACCGGAACCAACGGUGACCGGGCGAGUCGCGGUAAAUCGAACCCCAACUACCGUGACACCGUCCCGAACAAGCAGACUGAACCGAAUUUGAACGAUGCGAAUAAGCAGAAACUAGUAAAAAAUAUAUCAAUCACUGUGAAAAGUUCACGUCGAAAAACGCAACGAGUACGAAUACGACCGUGUCUAGAUGUAUGCCAAACCGUGGAGCAAAAAUGUCCAUACAUGCUACCGGGAGACCGAGCUCCAGCAUAUCCAACCCAGUAUGCCGGCGAACCGACGUUUCUGUGUCGAGAUCUCAACAUCGAGGAAACCGGUGAACAACGGCAGAAGUCCAACAGUGGUCCGGUCGACUGCUGCUACGACUACUGUGGGUUGCAUCCACAUGCCGGUCUUUGCACACAGUGUGACCCUUGGCUGUACGAGGAGGAGGAGGAUGACGACGGCGACCACGACAACGCCGCCGUCCGUGACGAAAAAGCCGUGGGCAAAAUGGCCAAGGCCAACAACGAGAAGCUGGCAGCCGCGAACAACACGAGCUCUAACAACACAAAUGCCAUCAUCAUCAGAAACAGCAGCAGCAGCGGCGGCGGUAGUAGUAGUAGUCUUAGUAGUAGCAGUAGCGAUACUAGUAGUGGUAGUAGUCUUAGUAGUAGCAGUAGUGAUACCAGUAGAAAACGUAACCUCUUAGCCGAGCUAAGGUUCCACAGUGAGCUGCCGCCUCGAUUAGCCACGUGUCCGAGUAUAACAAGCGCAACAAUCCCGUCAACACAAUCGGAGCAUUGCAAAUCAGCGCAGCAGCUGCUACUACAGCAACAAUUACAACAGCAACAGCAGGCAUCCAGCGCCAUCUCUACUCCCACUUCUAGCACUACCAGUAAAGGUGCUGCUGCUGCUGCUGCCCUCUCGAUGACGGCGCCGACGACAGCAACACCGCCGUCGACGCACUCAGAGGCACCCGCGUCUUCGUCAGCCUCAUCGACUGCAUCAUCGUCAUCAUUUAUUAGGCUAACUAGCAUAAAGUCGGUUUAUGGUACAUAUUUUAACAACUCGUGGACGAUGAGGCUGCGGUGUCUGGACGAAUUUGUUGCAUGGACGAAAAUCCUGCUUCAACUGGCAGGGUUAUAGUUAAAGUGAAACCGGGGGCGCUUUCAGGGGCGCUGAAUCGUGUGUAUCGUGUGUGACAGUUACACCCAAAACAUCGACGCGACGUUUUGUGUCGGCACACACAAACAAGCAAAAGAAGAAAACAGAUGUCGAAUACGAACAGUGUUAAAUGACAUUAACAACUAAUGAUUAACAGAACAAAGCACAAAAUUACCCGCACCCCACCAAUAUGGGAGAUGGUUUUGCGUAGAGGAAAAAAAGAAAAAGUUCAGCUGUUUUGGACGAUGCGAUAAUAAAAAAACAAACGGGCAAUUAGAGGGGUAAACAAUUCCAAUAAGCGCGGUGCAUUUCCGCGAUCAGAAAUGCAAUUGAAAAGGCAGUUUUUUUGUCGUCAGUGAGGCGAUGUGACUUGAUGGUUUUCGGAUUGGGAGAACCAGUUUGAAGAUGAAACAAAAAAACCAAGAGGAAACAAAAUUGAAAAAAAAAAUAAUAAUGUGGACAGUUCUAGGUGAAAUAUAAAAAUAUACUAAUUGUUAAGUCAAGUGAGAAAACUAAUAGACGUAAACGAAAGCUAACAGUAGACGAGGGUAAGAAAUGAAAAGGUUCAACAAAAAAUACUGUUUUUACAAUAUAAAGCAACACACGUGUAAGCAAGCAAGUAUUUUUCGAGUUCGAUUUUUUUCGUUGUUAAGUUUCGACUUUUUUCGAGCGCGUUUUAGUGGCAUAUGGAGGGAAAAGGAAUCGUUUACCGUUGCGGAGAGCAGCGAAGAGGCGGCGCGUAGGAUGCGGAUGUUUUAUUCGAACUUACGCGGUGCGUUUUUUGUUUCACCGUUGGGCUGUACUAGCGGUUUGGUUAGGAGAAAGAGAUAGGGAGAGUUGGCCAGCGGUAAUCGGAAGGAGGAUCGCAAUGAGGACACGUCUUGAGUCGCUACUGUUAAAAUUAGUCCGUCAAUUUUUACAACUGUCGUUGUAGUUGUACACGCUUAAGCCGCUUCAAGCAGGUGGAAUUAGGAGAAGCCAAGGUCUGUGCAAACGUUAGCCCUGGAGAGGUCCCGAACCAUCCUCGCUAGCGAACGUACGUGUGGGCGAAUUGGGAAGACAAGUUAGCUUGAACGUUUACCAGGACACUAUUUUAAGUUUUACUGUGAAAGCUAAAUGCACUAGUGGGAAUUAGUAGCCAGCAGUUUCUGACCUUUUUAUACUCGUUGUUGGAAAACAAACCAAACAGCAGAUGAUUCUCUGGGGCUAGAAGUACACACACCCACAGACGCCAGCACCCAUCGCUGCGCGAUGAAGGUCAAGCCAGAAUCUAUCAUCAUUAAUUGUAACCUUAGAUCAGACAAGUAAAAUUUAAACGACUAAACGGCCACCAUAUUUGAACAGCAUAUUCCUCUCCAACUAUCUGUCAACGUCCUGGUCGUGGGCCCUGGAAGGCCGUCGAAUGGCCUUUUACUCACGGCACAAAGCAGACAGGAUGGCCACCUGCACGAAUACAUGUACAGGACCAGCCAGUAGUAGAAAUUAAAAAAAAAACACGAAUGCAACUGCAACCAACGGCCCGAAAGUAUCCAAUAACAAUAGCAACAACAAAAACAACUCGAGGCCAAUAGCGGUGGCCAAACCCCAAAUAUAAGUCAACCUAAAAAUAAUAAUAAAACAAAAUUGUUAACGUUCGAAAGCCAUAUUUUUAGCAUUUGAAUAGUAAUUAAACAAAUGAAAUUAUAAUCAGUAUUUGUUACAUAAAUGUGAGAUUUAAUGAAGGAAAAACAGACAGAACAAAAUAUUACACUAGUGGAGGAAGGGAGGAACUCUAAUAGCCUAGAAACACAAUAAAAAACACUAGAACAUCUAACGAAUAUCGGAGAUGCAAAUACGAUCGAACAGAACGUAAAAAUUAUUGAAAAUAAAACCAAAAAAAAAACCUAGAGACGUCAUCAAGUUGUAAUGUUAAUCGUAUAGAGUGGUAAACAAAAAAAACUGUAAGUAAUGAAAAACUGUACGCCAAACCAAGAAAAAAAAAACGAGAGUAAAGCUGUUGUCAGCGAGCGUCGCGCGUGCAGAGCAGAAACCCACCCGAAGUUUUUUCGACAUUUCGUUUGAGACUAUUGACAAGUGGACUGCUGUACGGUGGUGUUGAUUUAUUUUUACUGGAUUAUUAACAGAUAUAUUUUCGAGAAUUUAUUUUUAUAUAGUGAAAGCAAGGGGUAAAUUUAGACAAAAAAAAAUGAAUUACCGAAAUUUUAAGCAAACAUGCCGUGAUCGGUGUGAAUGAAAGAUUUAAAUAACGGAGAAGAGAACACAUCCACACAGACACACGUUAAACUAAGAAUUACUAGUAAAAACACAGAAAAGAUAUGGAAAAACAAACCAAACUUAGAGUGUAUAGAUUGAAAUUUGUACUAAAUGACCUAGGAGUAAACAAUAAAUGACAGUGAAAACAGCACUCUCUCUCGCACACAGCAACAGAAGCAGCAGCAGAAGGGCAUGUUCACAGGAGCGCUUAGUUUGUACAGUAGACGAAAUUGAAACCACGAGAAGACAUUGCUUCGGAAAAAAACCCACAUCUCUAACCGCAGUAGGGGAAACAAUCCUUGAAUAAAAGCAACCUUCGCAAGAGUAGUUUAGUUCCAGGAGAUUUCCCUGCUGGAAGAAUAUGUUUAUUCGAGCAAUGAGAAAAACAAAUCAUACACUCACAACCACUAGAAUACUUCCACUCGAAACUACUCUAUACACUGUUUAGAACUACAUCACUCACAAAAACUUAUUUGGAAGAAACCUGCGAAAGAUGUUCUUCUUACGUGAAGAUUACAACCAAAAAAAUAAUUGAUUCCAAUUAUCUAUUAAAGAAAAAAAAACACGGUAAAAAAUAAAACCAUCUCUCCCAGAGGAGAAGCUAUGUACACAUAAAAAAAACCAAAAGAAAUCAAAUCUGCUACGUAUAGACAAGUAUAUCUCUAUCUAAGAACACACUAUAACUUAUCACUAACUCGAAUGUGAAUAACGAUGAACGUGGAAACGAGCGGUCAGCUAGUGAUCGCCGGAGUUGGCUUUUUGCAAAAUAGUCCGAAUCAAACAGAAGAAUGAAAAACUCGAAAACCAGCACAAAUCUUUUCGCUUCUUGUACUAGAACAACAAUAUGAUGAUCCAAAUAGGCACACACACCAAUAAAAAAAAAUAUACAUGUUAUAUAUACAUAAACCGCCCACGGAAAUUCACAAACGUCACUCAUUCACGUAAUCACGGUAUAGUGAGAUCUUUGUUAACCGUUUCUGUCAGUUUACUGUUUCAUUUGCUGUGAACAAACAAACGACGAUUGGUGACAAAGCGAACAGCUAACCCAGUAUGGUUUUGCACGAUAACCAUGAAAGCACACACACACACAGUCAUAGCUCAUCUGUUUGUAAAACAAAAAAUCCAAAAUCAUCACAACAAAACAAAUUUGCGAAACAAGCUUUACAGGGGAUUUAUUAAAUAAACAAUAAACUUGGAACGGAUAAUUCACAGAAAUAAACAAAUGCAAAAACCGUCAUUUUCACUGAUGGGCAGAUUGCAAAAAUGUGUUAAUUUAAUCAAUAUGGAGAAAAAUUAUCAUAUUUCAAAAAACAUUCGAGUUUAUUUAUUUUUAUUUUCGUUUACUCGAUUAAAUAAAACCUGUCAAUAGUUGGGAUCAAGCAACCUUUUUUAUUUGAACUCAUGAUAAAAACGAACAACAACUUGGAUCGCUUUAUUUUCCAACUGGUCUAUUGCUUUCAUUCUGGUUGGUUGUUGAGUUGAGGUUAGUUGUUGAUUAUCUCUACCGUAAAUACAAGCAAAAAAUUGGCCAGCUCUGCCCGAAAGACGAACAAGUUGCGCGUGAAUUUGAACUCCUUAUCGGCUAUUUUAAAUAGGAACUAAAAGUGUCGCUAGCUUCUUGAAAUUCGUAUUGAUAAAGGGUUAUAUGAGUGCUUUGUUUGUUCCAUUCCUUUUAUUAUUCUUCGUUAAAAUUAUUGAUUAGCAAAUUCCGUCGAUUCAUAGUAGAUUUGAUAUAAUAAAUUUUCUGCCUUAUUACACAAAACACAAUUACUAAAAUGAAGCUACAAAUCCCUAGAGACCUUGUUUUCCCAAAUGCACAAUCGCCCAAAUUCUACUGGAUAUAACGAAUUAUAUAGUGUGACACAAAACAAUGGAGUCGUUAGCAAAAAUCAUUCUAACAUUUUACGGGAUCGACGAUCCGGAUUCGUCGGAAGGAAACUUUCCGAUAGAUGAACUUUUAACAAAACGCCGAGAACCACUCAUAGCAAAUGCAAUCUGCCAAUUGAUAGAAACUCACACACGGAACCGUAACACAAAAAAAAACUGUUAGAGCAAAACCGCAUUCAACCAGAUCAUGCAGAUUAGACGAUUGAAGGAAAAUAAGAAAUCCAACCGUUAAUGUGUUUUAUAGAAGAAAAGAUAAAAAAGGAUAAAAAUUUACAUAACAAAAAGAGAAGAAAACAAAGUCAAAAACCAACCCAAAAUAAAUGAAAUCGUACCGUAGUAGAUGAAAAAAGUUAUAAAAAGGAGAAAAUAAUUAAAAAUUGUUAAGUACAGUUAUCUAAUUAUACAGCAAAGUAUUAAGAAAAAAUCAAAGGAGAACAUAAUAAAUGAAAGGCUAGGUAUGAACAGAGUUCACCAAAUCAUCAGUAUGGAUGUAUUCAGUUGACUUUCCGUUGAGUUCUGUUUAAUGGGUUCCAGUAAACGUUAUCCACUACCGGGCUGCCGCAUACACUUACUACACCGCAAACCGGAAUAACAGACACAAAAAUCCAAACAGAGUAUGAGAGCGACGUAACCUUCGUAGAAUAUAAAUUAAAAUAAAUUUAAAAAAAAAACAAAGUGGAUGAACAUUUAAUAGCAAUCGCCCCCCCCGCCACAGAAUCGAAUAAGAGCCAACCCACAUAAUUAUAACGAAUAACAGAAUAAAAUAGUAAAAGAAAGUAGUUCAAGCAAAAUCCCAACCCAGCAUUGGUGCGUUUCGACCGUGGCGGGUGUUGACAGUCGAAGAGAAAAAAGCAAACAAAAAAAAAAACAAACACACACGAACCGGAACGUACCGCCGGAGAGGGCCAAAAAUUCUCGAAGCCUAACGAAAGGCACGCACAUAAGUAAUGGUAAACUGUAAUACAGACAUUAACGUACACAAACACACUUGCAUACACAGACAAAACACACACACACACACCGGGAGCGUGAAUUGCAAACUCCCUCUCACAUGUAAGCCGAAUCAUUGAGGACAGAAAAAAAACAAGUAAACAAAUUGGUAACAAGUACUACACAUUUAAUAACACUGUAGAACAUUAAGGCGAAACGAAUUAACGUUUAUCAACAGAAGAAAAAAAGGAAAAAAGAACAAAAAUUAAAAAAAUAAGUAAUCGAGUUCAAGAGCAAAACAAACAUGAGAUUUAAGAAUCACAAUAUGUCCUGAACUUUUUAGUUUGUAGAACUGUUUGUUACCUAUGUUCAGUGAAUAAGAGGCAGAAAAUAAAAAAAAGUAUAUAUACGAUGUAUUAGUAGGAAUUUACUCUGAUUGAAAUUGUUGCAAAUCGGAUCCACGGAAGAGUAGAUUAAUAUUAAACAAAUAGGAAACAAAAUAAAUGAGAGAAACUCAUCCACACAUACUUAAGAAAAGGAAGAAGAAUCUAUAUCUAAGCAUUAAUCUGGAGAAAAAAAAACUAGGAAAUUAAACAAGUGACAAGAUGCAAGUAAAUGAGAACACGAACUACUAUGAAAAAGAGAUUCAACCGAGAAGCAAACUGAGCGGAAGCAGUUGAGAAGAUCAAACAGCUGAGAUGAACAAGAAAAGAUAACAAAAAAAAAAAAAAAAACAAACGAAAACCAUACAAACAAAGCAGAAGAAACUAAAAUCUUUGUUUUUCGUCGAAUUGAGGCUAAUUUGUAUAUAAUUUCACCGCUUCUGUAUACUUUUAAACAAAACAGAUCAUACUGAGGACGGUAAUCAACAACAAUGCCAACCGAAAUGAAAUAAAAAUUGAAAAAAAAAAUCGCUAGAAAGAAGCAGAAACCGUGUGGAAAAACUAUGAAUAAAGAGAAUAACAUGAGAGAAAAUAAAACAAAA